GUGUUCAGAGGUGCAAAGCUGUUGUGGAUCACUUUGGACAAAGAAUAAGUGCUAAGUACUUUAUUGUGGAGGAUAGUUACCUUUCAGAGAGCACCUGCACAGAUGUGUGUUACAGACAGAUCUCCAGGGCAGUUCUCAUUACAGAUCAGUCUGUGCUGAACACAGACUCAGAGCAGCAGGUGUCCAUUCUGACAGUGCCUCCCAUGGAAGUGGGGAAACCAGCAGUUUGUGUCAUUGAGCUGUGCUCCUCCACCAUGACAUGCAUGAAGGACACCUAUUUGGUCCAUUUAACCUGCCCAUCAACUCAAACUGCUAGGGAAGACUUAGAGCCUGUUGUGCAGCAGUUAUUCAAUCUAAAUGCAGAAAAAGAGACCGAAAAUGAAGAACUGGAGAAACCCAAAGUGCUCUGGGCAGUCUACUUCAACAUGAGAGAUUCUUCAGGAGUUGAGAGAAGUUCCUAUGAUGGUUUACCCUCAAAUGUUUAUGUCUGCUCCGGGCCAGACUCUGCUUUGGGCAACGACUGUGCUGUCAAACAGGCUGAGGCUAUUUUCCGAGAAAUGUUUCCAACAGAGGAGUUUUGUCCACCACCACCAAAUCCAGAGGAUAUUAUUUAUGAUGAAGAUGAGCUUGAGGCAGAAGAGUCUGGAUCCAGUCACUCAGCAGAGACCAAACCUGAACCCUCAGCCGAGGAGAGCAGUAGUGGAGAUGCUGCUGCUGUUACCCAGGAAGAGAAUGAAUGA